AGCAGAAGCGCAGCGAUGGCGGCGGGGCCGGGAGCGGCGGGCGCCGCUCGCGUCUCCUCAGGCCGGGACCUGAGCUGCGUCCCGGAGGUGGCGGGAGCGCUGGGGGCCGUGGCCAGGCAGGGGUUCGAUUUCCUGUGCCUGCCCCUGUUCCACCCCCGGCACCGCCGUGAGUUCCAGGCUGGGCCGGCCCGGGAGCGCCCGGGGCCUCAAACCCGCUCGGACCUGGUGCUGGCCGGCAGAGACUGGAACACCCUGAUCGUGGGGAAAUUGUCGCCCUGGAUCCGCCCGGAUUCGCCCCUGGAGCACGUCAGGAAAAACUCCCAGAAGGCUCUGCGUCAGGAGCUCGAUUUCGGCGCCUACCUGGGCCUGGCCGCUCACCUGGUGCCCCUCAGGGGGAGCCACAACCCCAACCUGGCCAGGGGGCUCAGUGCCCACCUGCACAGCGGCCACCACGCCACACAGUUCUGGGUGCAGGUGCCGCUGGUGGCCCCGGAGGAUUCCCGCGAUGACGUCAUCGGGAACGAGGCGGUGACGUCACAGGAAGGGGGCGGGGCCGAGGAGAGCACGUGGGAAUGGUGGCACAACUUCCGCACCCUGCUCGACUUCAACAAACGCGUCGCCCUGGCCCUGGAGCUGGGCCCUGACCUGCCCUCAGCCCCAGCCCUGGCUCGCUGGCUGGGGGAGCCGGUCAGGGCCGCGCUGCUCCCCACCAGGCUCUUCCUGACCAACAAAAAAGGGUUCCCAGUGCUGGGCAGGGGCCACCAGCGCCUGCUGGGACAGCUCCUCAAGCUGGACGUGCAGAUCAUCCUGCAGGGCUCCCCCCAGCACGGGGGCCGCCCCCUGAGCGCGUACCUGCAGUACCUGGAGCACCUGGGGCAGCACCGGCCCCCGCCCUCCGCCUACGAGCUCUACGCCAGGGGCUACGAGGAUUACCUGCAGAGCCCCCUCCAGCCCCUGAUGGACAAUUUGGAGUCCCAGACCUACGAGGUGUUCGAGAAGGAUCCCAUCAAGUACUGCCAGUACCAACAGGCGAUCUUCAGGUGCCUCCAGGACCGGGUGCCCGAGGAGGAGCGGGAGACGAAAGUGCAGGUGAUCAUGGUGCUGGGCGCCGGGCGGGGUCCCUUGGUCGCGGCCGCGCUCAGAGCCGCCCGCCAGGCCGGGGCGCGGGUGCGGCUCUACGCCGUGGAGAAGAACCCCAACGCCGUGGUCACGCUGGAGAACUGCCAGUGGGAGGAGUGGGGCUCGCAGGUCUCGGUGGUUUCCCGGGACAUGCGGGGCUGGGAGGCCCCGGAGCCGGCGGAUCUGGUGGUGUCGGAGCUGCUGGGGUCCUUCGGGGACAACGAGCUGAGCCCCGAGUGCCUGGACGGGGCCAGGGGCUGCCUCAAAGAAGAUGGAGUUUCCAUCCCCCAGUCGUACACCUCCUUCCUGGCCCCCGUCAGCUCCUCCAAACUCUACAACGAGGUCCGGGGGUGCAGGGAGCACGAUCGGCACCCCGAGGCCCAAGUGUGAGACCCCCUACGUGGUGAGCUGCACAAUUUCCACCAGGUGGCUCCGCCCCCCUGCUUCAGCUUCCAGCACCCCAACCCAGAUCCCUGCCCCGACAACGGGCGCAACGCCGAGCUCACCUGGCGGGUGCAGGUGGGCACCGUCCUGCACGGAUUCGCCGGCUACUUCGAGACCACGCUCUACGAUGACGUCACCCUCAGCAUCCGGCCCGAGACGCACUCGCCGGGUUUGUUCUCCUGGUUCCCGAUUUUCUUCCCCAUCAAGCAACCGGUGCCGGUGCGGGCGGGGCAGUCGGUGUCGGUGCGUUCUGGGCGCGUGGCCACGCCCACCAAGGUGUGGUACGAGUGGGCGGUGACGUCGCCGGCGUGCUCCGCCCUGCACAACCCCAGCGGGCGCUCCUACACCAUCGGGCUCUGAGCGGACACGGGACGGACGGACAACGGGACGGACACGGGACGGACACGGGACGGACGGACACGGGAAAUAAACGGGGACAG